UCCGCCGCCUCGGGAGCCUUGGGAGCCCUCCGUCCAGCGCGGUGGUAGCGGCGGGGGCGGCGGGUCUCCCGCGCGGCCGCGAUGCUGAGCUCCCGGGCUCAGGCGGCGAUGACCGCGGCCGACCGGGCCAUCCAGCGCUUCCUGCGGACCGGGGCGGCCGUCAGGUAUAAAGUCAUGAAGAACUGGGGUGUUAUAGGAGGAAUUGCUGCUGCUCUUGCCGCAGGAAUCUAUGUGAUUUGGGGUCCUAUUACAGAAAGAAAGAAGCGUAGGAAAGGGCUGGUGCCUGGCCUUGUCAACCUAGGGAACACCUGCUUCAUGAACUCCCUGCUGCAAGGCCUGUCUGCCUGCCCCGCUUUCAUCAAGUGGCUGGAAGAGUUCACCACCCAGUACACCCGGGAUCAGAAGGAAGCCCCCCCCCACCAGUAUUUAUCCUUAACGCUGUUGCACCUCCUCAAAGCUCUGUCCUGUCAAGAAGUCACCGACGAUGAGGUCUUAGAUGCAAGCUGCUUGUUGGAUGUCUUAAGAAUGUACAGAUGGCAGAUCUCUUCAUUUGAAGAACAGGAUGCCCACGAGUUAUUCCAUGUCAUUACCUCAUCCCUGGAAGACGAGCGGGACCGGCAGCCCCGGGUCACCCAUUUGUUUGAUGUGCAUUCCCUGGAGCAGCAGCCAGAAGUAACUCCUAAACAAAUAACCUGCCGCACGAGAGGCUCACCUCACCCCACGUCCAGUCACUGGAAAUCUCAGCAUCCUUUCCAUGGAAGGCUGACGAGCAACAUGAUCUGCAAACACUGUGAACACCAGGUAAAUACAAUACCAGCGCUUGAUAUUUUCUGGCGAGGUUUUCUUUCAAGUCGAGACUUGGGAAGCAUCUAGAGAGUGUGGACUGAUGUUGGUCGGUGGCGUUUGUGGUCACCUGGGCUCUGCGCACCUAGUGGACAGACCGCCUCCCUUUAGUCAGUGACCCUCGGGUGGCAUCUUCUGCCCUGAGAGCAGCAGACCCACUGUGCACUGGCAGGAGCUGCGUCUCAAGGUUGGGUCUAUACUGACAGUAGACACAACAGAUUCUGUUGUUUGGUUGGGUUUUUGGGGUUUGGGGGGGUUUUGCUUUCAGCGUUUUAAAAUUUUUAUUUGGAAAAUUUCCAACAUAAAUACAAAAAUAGAGAAUUGUGUAACUAUCGCCUCGAUCAAUUUUAGGAUAUUGUCAUCCUCCCCACCCCCACCAAAAAAAAAAAACCCUGUGCCCAUUAGCAGUUACUCUCCAUUUCUCCCACUCUUCUAGCCUUAGGCGACCACUAACCUACUUUGUGUCUCUAUAGUAUUGCCUAUUCUGGAUAUUUCAUAUGCACGGAACCGUACAGUACAUGGUCCUUUGCGACUAGCUUCUUUCACUCAGCAUCAUGGUUUUCUUUUAUUCCAUUAAUA